GUACCCCUGUAAUGAGAUGCUCCGUAUUCAGUCAGACUGCUUCUCCGUGAAGCCUGAGACUCACUGUGUGUUUGUCUGUUCCAAGGAGCGCCCAGGCCAGGCCUGUGGCUGGUGUGGAGGUGUGAGACUCGCAGGUCACACCUACCGUCCAAAGGAACUGGGGAAAAAUAAACAGAGACGUGUUGGCCCCAGACUCCUCUCCCCUCUCUUAGCCUCCUCUCCUCCCUCCUGCCCCUCUCCCCUCUCCCUCCGUUCACACCUGGAGUGUCUCUCACAGUCCACAAGCUCCAGACAGUGUCAGGGGACUGGUGAUGUGCUCCACGCUGCUCUACAGCAUCCUCCAGCAGAGCCGCUCUGUCACGUUGUCCUCCGAGCGUCUCCAGCUGCAGUUAAAGGAUGCGUGGUGCGUGUGCCACUCUGCUCCUCUGCUGCCUCUACCUGGGCUUGCUGUGCCACGCAGGUGGAGAAGAGAAAGGAACUGCCAUAGAGGAGGAUCACAGAGGGGGAGGUGGGCGAAGGGAGAGGCGGAGCAUGCCUUACUGGAACAUGUGGUCGUCGGACUUCGUGGGGUGGAUGGAGGAGCUGAGGGCCCAGGGGGGGUACGACCGCCUGGAUGAUCUGGCCAGAACCUUCUGGGCUCACUUCCCUAUCGCCACGGGUCUGGGCUACGAUGAACCAGAACCAGAACCAGAGAUCCAGGAGACCGGAGUGGGAGUCACAGGGGGGAGGGGGGAGACAGGGGGCAGGGGGGAGAGCGAAGGGAGGAGCGAGGGGAGGGAAGACACUGGACUGCAGGAUACACGGAGUGGGGAAGGGUGGGGGGAGAGGGGAGAGGGGGAGGCACUGGCCAGGAGUGAGGAGGACAGAUGGGAAGAGAGCGAGGCGAGAGGGGAGACAGUGGAGACCCGGGGUCUGGACCCAAGUUACCCUGCUCUGCCCCUCUCAGCCAGGGGUCUGGACCCAAGUUGCCCUGCCCUGCCUCUCUCAGCCAGGGGUCUGGACCCAAGUUGCCCUGCCCCUCUCAGCCAGGGGUCUGGACCCAAGUUGCCCUGCCCCUCUCAGCCAGGGGUCUGGACAUGA